CUAAUUAAAGAAAGAAAAUUGUUAAAGUCCUUUCUCUCUCUUUCCACUUUCCCUCCAUGGCUACACCGCCGAUCAGGACACACACAAUACCGUAAAAUAAUCUCCUGUUCACCAGCACUUCUCAUCUCAUAAUAAUAGAAAUACUGAAAACGACGAUAGAUAUUUUCCUUUAUUUUAAUAAUUCUUAGUGGACUUUUCUACUAUGAGUAUGAUCUAAUUUUGUUAUAAAAUCAGAGCAGAGAACCUUCAAGCUACCAUUACUGUUUGAAACCAUUUCUUUCUACCACCUCUUCAUCUUUUGUUUUUGAGAUCCAACGAGUGCGUUUGGUUAGGGAGAGAAAGUCAGCUGUCAAGUAAAAUGGAGAGUACAUUGAAGGAGAUAAGAGGUGGAGCAUCGGUGCUCGAGCCUAAGUCCACCGUCGGUGGUGGCGUUGAGGACGUUUACGGCGAGGAUCACGCUACCGAGGAUCAACUAGUUACUCCAUGGACUAUAUCAGUCGCCAGUGGGUACUCGCUGUUGAGGGAUCCACGCCAUAACAAAGGACUUGCAUUUACUGAGAAAGAGAGGGAUGCCCAUUACUUGCUUGGCCUUUUACCACCAGUGGUUGCAACCCAACAGCUUCAGGAGAAGAAGUUGAUGCACACUAUAAGACAAUAUCAACUUCCUCUUCAAAAAUAUAUGGCCAUGAUGGAACUUGAGGAGAGAAAUGAAAGACUGUUCUACAAGCUUCUCAUUGAUAAUGUUGAAGAGUUGCUUCCCAUCGUAUACACUCCAACAGUAGGCGAAGCUUGCCAGAAGUAUGGAAGUAUCUUCAAGCGCCCUCAGGGGCUAUACAUUAGUUUGAAGGAGAAGGGGAAAAUUCUUGAUGUGCUGAAAAACUGGCCUGAAAGAAGUAUUCAAGUUAUUGUUGUGACAGAUGGUGAGCGGAUUCUGGGACUUGGGGACCUUGGCUGUCAGGGGAUGGGUAUUCCUGUGGGAAAAUUGGCUCUCUACACUGCUCUUGGAGGAGUUCGCCCUUCUGCCUGUUUGCCUAUCACCAUUGAUGUGGGAACGAACAAUGAGCAAUUGCUGAAGGAUGAAUUCUAUAUUGGACUCAGACAGAGAAGGGCAACAGGCCAGGAAUACUCUGAACUUCUACAUGAGUUCAUGACUGCUGUAAAGCAAAACUAUGGAGAAAAAGUCCUUAUACAGUUUGAGGAUUUUGCUAACCACAAUGCUUUCGAGCUGCUUGCAAAAUAUGGUACAACUCAUCUGGUCUUCAACGAUGAUAUACAGGGGACAGCAUCUGUUGUUCUUGCAGGGGUUAUUGCAGCACUGAAGUUGCUUGGUGGUUCUCUGGCUGAUCAUACUUUCUUAUUCCUUGGUGCUGGGGAAGCUGGAACUGGUAUAGCAGAGCUUAUUGCUCAUGAGAUGUCAAAACGGGCUAAUGCUCCUUUGGAAGAGACUCGCAAGAAGAUUUGGUUGGUGGAUUCAAAGGGGUUGAUUGUUAGCUCUCGUAAGGAUUCACUUCAACACUUCAAGAAACCCUGGGCUCACGAGCAUGAACCUGUGAAGAAUCUCUUAGAUGCAGUCAAGGCAAUCAAACCAACAGUUUUAAUUGGAUCGUCUGGAGUAGGAAGAACAUUUACAAAGGAAGUGGUUGAAGCCAUGGCUUCCUUAAAUGAGAAACCUGUAAUCAUGGCUCUCUCCAACCCAACCUCACAAUCAGAAUGUACAGCUGAAGAAGCUUAUACUUGGAGUAAAGGAAAAGCAAUUUUUGCUAGUGGAAGUCCAUUUGAUCCUGUUGAAUAUGAGGGCAAAAUUUUUGCUCCUGGCCAGGCCAACAAUGCAUAUAUUUUCCCUGGAUUUGGUUUGGGUUUGGUUAUCUCUGGAGCAAUUCGUGUUCAUGAUGAAAUGCUUCUGGCAGCAUCGGAAGCGUUGGCUGGCCAAGUUACGGAAGAGAACUAUAGUAAGGGGCUGAUUUACCCACCUUUCUCUAACAUCAGAAAAAUUUCAGCACAUAUUGCUGCUAAUGUAGCCGCAAAGGCAUAUGAACUUGGGUUGGCUACACGUCUACCUCGUCCGGAGAACCUUGUGAAAUAUGCUGAGAGUUGCAUGUACAGUCCUGUAUAUAGAAGCUACCGCUAAUUUUGUGAUUUUAUCCGUGUAAGAUAUGGGCUCAGCAAGUGUAGCAGCAGUGAGCAAAAUAAGAUUUUCUGAUUUAAAUAAUGAAUAUGGUUUGUGUUUGUAAUUUUGGGCUUUACUUUACUUUAAUGUGAAGCCACGAGUUCCUGAUUGUGUGCCUAAAAGUUGUAGCUCUAAAGAUUAUGAGAUUUUCUGAUAUGAAUAAUCAAUAUGUACUUGUGCAUAGGCAUGUUGUAGGAUUACAAGGAGUUACCAAUUGGAAUAAUUAUGUAAUAUCCGUUUGAAUUUUAUUAACCUCCUCCUUUUUAGUGCGUA